UUUAAAUUAAUGAAUUAAUUUCUUUAGUUAUUUUUUAUAAUUUUAAAGCAUAAUUAACUUUCAAAUUAUCAUUUAAAAUAUUUGUAAUGAAACGCCAUUGAUUUUAGUGCAAUUGUCUGUUUAAAGUCAUCAAUGUUAAGUGUUUUUGUAGUGAAAUUUUAAGAUUUCUCGAAAGUGCCAUUUAACAAAAAAAAAUUAAAGAAAUUUUCAAAACAAACAAAUCAUGAGUCGUGAUGAAAGUUGCGAUUGGUAUCAUGGAAAGAUAUCAAGAGUUGAUGCUGAAAAUAUAUUGCUAGAAGAGUCUCAGAUUAGUAAUGCCGAUGGAAUUUUCCUUGUUCGUGAGAGUUCAUCAGCAGAAAAGAAUUAUGUAUUAUCAGUAUAUUAUGACAGUCAGUUCUGGCAUUAUCAAAUUCAACAACACGGUGAAGAUGCUUUUUUCUCUAUUGAUGGUCAAAUGCCGAUUCAUCAUGGAUUAGAAGAUCUAAUAGAUUACUACAGAACAAGUGCAACAAAUCUCUGCACAAAGCUCAAAAAUUUUGUCAAGAAACAUCCACCACCAAUCGAAGCACGUCGUCAUGGCAAGCACAAUCUUCUUCACCGUGCAACGAAACACAAUCAUUUGGAUGUUGUGAAAGAAAUGUUAAAGACAAGCUACAGAAAUCUCGAUGCAAAGGACGAGUUUGGCAUGACAGCCGUUCAUUUAGCAUGUAAGAAUCGAGUCAACCCGGAAAUUAUGAAAUUGCUAAUUGAGCGAGGUGCAACCUUGACCAGUCGCGAUUCAUCCGGAAAUACUCCAUUACAUUAUGCCUGUGAAAAUGAAUGUUUAGAGAUGGUGAAGCAAUUGGUGUUCGCGAACAAAAACUUGAUUCAGUCAAGAAAUAGUGAGACAGGCUUAGUACCAUUGCACUAUGCAGCGAGAGUUGGAAAUCUUGAAAUUGUGAAAUUCUUGUUAUCUCAUCGUGCUCCACACAUGUCACGCACAUCACUUGGACUUUUUCCUAAAGAUUUCGCACCACGUGAAAGUGGAAUUAUCGAAUAUUUUAACGAAUACAAACCUUUGAUAAAUACGUACAGAAAUAAAUGGGAUCAUGGAACGUUGGAUCGGAAAGGAGCUUUUCAAUUGUUGUUGGAGAAACGAGAAGAAUUGUACGAGAAACUUCGUGAAGAAUAUCCUUUAGGAGAAAAUCCAUACGUCAACACGAGUAAGGAGAAAGAUGAAUUAAUAUCAGGACUUUUUUUAGUGCGACUUUCAGAACGUCACAAUGGUUACGUCAUUACGAUGCUAGUUAAUGAUGACAUUAAGAAUUAUCGUAUCGAGAAAGAUGGAAAACAUUUGUACAUUGAUGAUGGCCCUUACAUGCAAUCACUGGAACAUCUUAUCACUCAUUACAUGGAGUUUGCUGAUGGUUUGCCUGUAACACUUCGUUAUCCUGUUGAACCAAAGCCACGACCUCCAGUACCUCUCAUCCCUCCAAUUAAGCGCAAGUCACUUGAUAUCUCACCAACAAAAUCAACCUUAAGCACAAGCCAAAUAAACAACGAAAACAUUCCAACCGAAAGUCCAAAUAAAUCAAAGUGGAUGAAUAGUUUGCCGAAUAUGUUCACGAGAAAGAAGAAACAAGGACGUGGGUCGUUGAAGGAAGGAAAGCCUGGACCUGAUAAUUUAGCUGUUAUAAAUAGCUUUAAAGAUCUCUCUUUCUCCACGGAUAUGCUUGCAAGUGAAUUAAAUCGAGAUUCUUACGAUGUGCCGCCUUCAAAGAAGUCUCUUGACCCAGCUGAUUAUUUUACAGAAAGUGACAAAAAUCUGGGACGACAAUCGCCAAUGAAAGAUAAUUGCGUUGAAGAAAUUUAUUUUGUUGAUCCACCACCAAUAGAAAUGGAAAAGCCCGAAUGGAGUCAACUUGAUACACAUUCGAAGAUUAGCGACUUUGGAUUGUCACGAGCGAUUGGAAUCGACAAAGAUUUUUAUCAAUCGAGUACAGGUGGCAGAUGGCCGCUUAAAUGGUAUGCGCCGGAAAACUUUUUUGGAACAUUUUCUCAUGCGAGUGAUGUUUGGAGCUUUGGAAUAACUCUUUGGGAAAUUUAUUCGAAAGGUCAGUCGCCCUAUGGUGACUUAUCGGGAUCAGAGGUGAAUGAACUAAUCGAGAAAGGGCAGCGUCUAGCCAAACCGGAACAAUGUCCAGACGACAUCUAUAAAAUUAUGACCGACUGCUGGCAGUAUCGUGAUCGUAUGAGACCCAACUUUCAAUUUCUCGCUCGAUUCUUCAUUAACAGUCUUUCGACGCCUGAAAACAUCAAUGAAGAAGUAAACGAGAAUGAAGAAAAUGAGAAGCAUUCAAACACUGUUUACGUAUAAAGCACAAGCAAUUUUAUUUCUAUUUUAUUUCUGUAUUAUUACGUUUUAGAUAAAAAUAUUUACGAGUAAAUGAAAUAAAUUUUAUUUUUUUAUAAAUGAAA